CCGUUGUCCUUUCCGGUUUAUUGAACAAAUAUGUAAAGGGAGCAGUUAAACCAACUUCAUAAUACAAAUUAAAUAAUCGUGGAAGGGCAGGAUCAACAAAAAAAAAAGAAGGUCGCGUAUCGUAUUGAAUUUUUUAUUAGGCGGUGCAAUUUUGUCAUCAAAUUAGUGUUGGCUCAAAGACACGAGGAUUCGCGAUAAACUGUCCAACGCAUAGGCCUAUCUAAGAAAAGGGGGUUCGUUAAUUGCGUACAUUAGAAUGAUCUAAUCAUCUUUAUUAUAGAUUUAUUGACGAUGCAGAUGAGUCAGAGUACACUUAGAGGCUUCUGUGUUGUUUUAGAAAUGACGUAAACGCCCUAUUUGUUAAGAGCACAAAAUCGUUGUACGCUAAAGCGGCCAAAGGCAUUGUAGAGGACAUUAAGGUCUUAAAGAAUGAUUUAACGGCAGGUAACAGGCUUUAAUAGAGAUUGUUUUGGUUUACCAAUUGAUUCGAGGUUUCUCAACUCUUUUUAUCUAUAAAACAACGUAACUUCCUGUGCCAGUUAGUUAAAUAUGUGUGCUUGUGUGCAAUAUUUAUCCGUGCUACAUAUCAGAUCCUAAGCCCAAAUCUAUGAUAAAUAUUGAAAUUGGGCACGAGAAGUGGACUUUGGGAAGCUCUAGGAACCUUGUGCAUACUGAAAUUGGAAAACGGCCACGUCAAUUCGAAGGCAACGGUAAAGCAUUAAAAAAGACACUGUCGCUAACUACAUGAAAAGAGAGGGCCUGUUUCUAUGGGUCGCGUCCACUUCACAUGGCAACGUGGGAAGUUACGUAACUGAACAUAAAUUCGUGUAACAUCUUUUCUCUUGUGCCGCGUCUCUGAUAUUUGUAACAGUGCAGGAAAGAAUGAUGCUUCAAUUGCGUUGUCACCGCCCGUUUCGGCUAAACGCAGAUAACAUGCUUGGCAAGAUAAUGCCUCAAACUGAAGGCGAGAUUCAUAUACUUCUGGGCCUUACAGGAAGCGUGGCCUCGUUAAAAGCCCCCGAUCUUAUUCAGAAACUCAAGAAACUCGAUAUUCCCGGACACGAGAUCAAAGUUCAGGUAGUUACGACGGAGCGUGCCAAACACUUCUACAGUCAGCUUGAAGCCGAAAUAGUGCACGACGACGUCGCGGAAUGGAGUUCAUGGAACAAGAGAUCUGAUCCGGUGUUACAUAUCGAACUUAGGAAGUGGGCAGACAUUUUCGUGAUCGCUCCGCUCGAUGCUAACACAAUGGCAAAGAUGUGCACUGGCAUAUGCGACAAUCUCUUCACCUGUGUCGUUCGAGCGUGGGACCUCAAUAGACCGCUUUUGUUUGCCCCAGCCAUGAAUACGUUUAUGUAUGAACAUCCACUUACUCGAAAACAAAUUGGCAAGCUCACAGCCUUCGGCUAUAUUGAAAUACCGGCAAUCUCUAAAAAGCUGGUUUGUGGUGACACCGGUUUAGGUGCUAUGGCCAACGUCGACACUAUUGUUGAGGUCACUAGGAAUCAGGCCAACGGUAGGGUAGUUGGUCGAACAUGGAGGAAACUGUAGUAGCGAAAAACGUCAAAUCAUUUCUC